ACUCGCAGUUGGUCAUGUGCAGGUGACGCUGAGCCUACAAGCUGGCUCGCGGCACUAUGCCACCGACCCUCCCCAGCCCUCUUCCGAGGGUUGGUUGUGAGGCACCAGGUUUUACUCACACUUCCAGAAACUAAAGUAUCCUUCAGGUCUUUCUCUUUGCAUUUCAUGUAUUCUGGUAAUGGCUUGCUACCUUCCAGUAAGGUAGUAUGGUCACCAUCCCGAGAUUGAUGGUUAGACCCAGGUUUUAGGGUUGUCUGGGCAUUAGGGUUUAUGUAACCAGCAGUAGAGAGAGAGAGAGAGUGAGAGAGUAAGAGAUGCUGCCAAGGUAUGUGAUCAAGACUGUAGUUCUCAGUGGCAUGAUCGAAUAUUGAGUAAGUUUAUUCAGUCAGUUUAUUUUUUCACCAAUUUGGGAGAUGCAGAGGACAACAUGAUUGUGCGUAAAUGCACCUAGAUUUAAAUUAGCUGUUUUGUCAUGUUACAAAGUACGUAAUGUCUUUUGUUACUCCUUUUAAUUUAUUUUUUUUUCAUUACCUGCAAAGUGAUUGGAAUCAGCAGUCAGCUCUUCUCAAUGGAAAUAGGCCUUGAUAGUGUCACAUUGUGAUAGGCUGUGACUUGCACUGUCAUCUAUGAUUAUAAGCCCUUUCAUUUGAAUAUCAGCAUGUAAAUAAGUUUGACCUCAUAUAAGCUCUAUAUAUGUCAUGAGCACGUACAAAGUACACAGUAUUCUUUUUUUGUUCUUAAUAUUUUUAUUUAACCUUCGUUGUUGUAGUAAUUUAUAAUUUCAUUUUGAACUAUUAUACUUUUUUCCUUCAUUCAUUACAGAUUAGUGUACAAGAAAAAUUGCUCAUCAAAUUCAAAAUUACUUUUGAUUUGUGCUUAAUGUCAGUGUUGUUUUAUGUUCUAUUCACAAUUAUUUUUCAUUGUUGAAAUAGAUGAUGCUAAUGCAGCAGGAUGCUGUGUUAUUAGUCCAUCAUUUCCUUUGGUGGUUGAUGAUUCAGUUAUUAUCUCUGCUGUCUUGGUAGUUGUUGUUAAUACUUAUCCACUCAGUAAUCCCUUAGUUAUAAAAGAUGUCUGACCUGAACAAAAAAUAUAUAAAAAUGCUAUCAUCUCACUAACCUAUAACCUUUUAGAUGUUGACCCCCUUCUGAACAGGUUUAGAUCAGGUCAUUAUUCAAAAUUACAGUAUGGCAUUUCUUUUAAUUUUUCUCUUUUUUUAAAACUUAAUGAAUCUUUGUCUUGCUGAUGCAGAGAUUAGGUGUACUAUUGAUGCACUUGUAUAAUUUGUUGACAGGUUUAAUCUCUAAUACAGGCUGUCUCCAUUCAAUCCAGGAAGGCUAAUGGAAGAUCUUUUUUAACGUCUUUUUUCCUAAAGACAAUUUAGGAAAUGUCAUAUUAAAAGAAAUUAAAUUGUCAUAGGCAUAUUUUGGCUUUCUUCCCUUUUGCGUCUAAUAAUUUGCUUUAUAGGCAAGAAGCAUCUCAAGGAUCUGUUUGAUCUCAGUUGCAUGUAAUGUUUAUAUAUAACUGCAUCUUCCCCUCAGGUUUGUUCAUUUUUAACACAUGCAAGCGGUUGAUUCGCUUUCCUUUUUUUAAUUUUUUUUUUUAAGUGUGCCUUCAUAGGUUUAGACCAUUUACUUAAAAGCGAAGUUUAUGAAGCUUAGGUUCUGUAUUGUACUUUCAUCUUCCCCCCACCCCCCUCCCCUCCCUCCAUCCCCCCUUGCUAUCAGCUUCACUUCUAUAAUUCCCAAGUCCAAUUUCCCCACUGUCAUGGACAUAUAAAAUUGACUUCUGUUCCUUUUCCCAGACUUGCUUUUCUGCAUUUUUAUAUACUUUUCAAUUUUGUUUUCAACCUUUUGCACAGUUCUUCAACAUAUUGUCAUACUCUACUAUUAAAUGCUUUUUUUCUUUGUAAUUAUAAAUGACCAUGAGAAUGGCCUAUGCAAACAAUAACUAUAUAUACAGUAUAUAAUCACAUGGUUUUUGACUGAUGUCCAUUCCUUCAUUUGCAUUUACCAAGUUCUUGGCAUGAACCAGGUCAUAUUAAGAGUGUAGCUCUUCAUUUCUGGAUGGUAUCUAGGUUAAUUGCUUGGCAGUUUCAGGGUCAGCAGUCACACAUGAAGCCUGCUCUAAUUCAACAUUACUCUAAGCACAGUUCAUGUGUGAAAGCACAGUACCGACAAUAACCUUGUGAAUAUAAAUUUUAAUAUCUUCCAGUAUGUUGGGUUAUAUUUCAGAAUUGGGAUUGUACUAGAAGGGUUUAUUAUUUACAGUAUGAAAUUCUUUAAUGUGGCUUUAGAGAAAUGCAUGAAUGGGUAUUGAAACGGCUACUCAUUGAUAAGAGCUUGCUUCAUAUAUUGGUGAUUUAUAAUAAGGACAGGUGUCUUGGACUUGAACGCAGGUUGUAGUAGGUGCUGUUCAAAUAUAGUAUAGUGAUAAUUAGUCUAAGCCCCACUAAGUAAUGUUAGGCUUUAGGGGACAUUCUGCCAAAAAUUCUAUACAAAAACUAUGAACUUGAAAGAUUUUAGGGAAAUGGUGAGGGUUGGGAAUACGUCUGACAAGGAAUUUCGAAUUUUGAGGUAUUGGCAAAGGUGCCACCAUUCUAUUUUGUGUUACCUGAAACCUACAGUUGUGGGGAUAAAUAUGUUUUUAACAGUUGUAUAGUAUGGAAAUUGAAGGAUUAAUCCAAUUAGCAGUAUUAUAAUUUGGGAGUUUUUGUCAUACGGGAAAAAUUGCUUGUAUUAUGUUGCCCCAAAAAUUUUGCUAUUGUCUUUUAUUAGCCAUUACUCUACAUGCCUGUUGUACUCAAGUUUAUCAUUAAAUUUGCAUUAUGUCUUCAGUGAGUGGUCAAAAUAAUGUCAAUUAUGUUUUGUUGACAACAAUGGUCAUUUAGGGUGACUUACAUUAACUUGAUAAGAAAAUCCUGGUUCAGAUGAUGCACUUUGUUCCAGAAAACAAAAGGGAAGUGGUUUGGACUGAAUAGAUUAGGCUUUAGGGAACUGGAUAUUACAUUUAGCCUGAGGAGGAUUGGCUUUUUAAUAAUGGUCUUUUAUUUUCAUUACAACCAUGUUUUGCAAGAAAAAGUCACCAUGGUUGGUUUAAUAACUGCCAGGUUAAGGAGAGACAACACUCAUUAAACUUGUUUUUGAAAUUGCAAUAACCAUGAACUUGUGUUGAUUAUUACCACAUUUAAAUUGCACUUUAUAUUGAACUCUACUCACAGUUUUAUUUUUCAGUUUCACACUUCAAAUUAAAAGGUGCUUCAGUGACUCAAUUUUUUAAUUGUAAAAAGUUAAGGGACCUCUUCAAUUUUAAAUAAGGAAUUUGGUUAUGAAGUUAUUGUGGUCUCCAGCAAUUUUUCACUUAAAGUCGUAGAAACAUUAGUUUUUAAUUAAUCAUAUCAUAUGUAUAAUACCUUAGAUGAUUUUUCAAGAAAUGUAGGGACAUUUUUACUAACUUUUUUCCUAGUUUAGAAAAGAAAUUUUGAUCGUUUUUGCUUGUGCCAUAACUUUCCUUCUGUAAAUACGAGGCAUUUAAAUUUAUGGUGGUUUAUUUUUCAGACUGAGUCUUAUAUGGUAAAUAGACCUGACUUCUUGAUACAUUUUUUCCUCCUCUUAUUGUUGAGUGAGCUAAAGGUGCCUAGUCUUGAACAGCUGUUCUCUUUAAAACAAAUUGACUCAGGGCGAUAUAUAUCUAGACAUUCAGUUCCCUAAUAAUGAUGUACACCACUGGCUGACUAGGAAAUAUGACUGACUGAUUUAGUUCUCUUAUCUUGACCUACAAAAGAGACAUUUUGCUUUCCUUUGACUCAUUUGAUCUUAGGUUUUCUGGAUGUACUAAUAAGGUGAUUUUUUCAGGUGUCUAAAUAGGUAGGGAGGCUUUUAGAUCUAGUACUACUGUCAAGUGGUGCAAGAACAUAAUUGAGUCGUCUCCAUCCCCAGAGCCAAUCUACAAUAACGAGGGCAAGCGCCUGAAUACGCGCGAGUAUCGAACUCGUAAGAAGCUAGAAGAUGACCGUCAUAAUUGCAUCACACGUAUGCUGACUUUAAAUGCUGACUACAAACCACCUGCUGAUUAUAAGCCACCAGUGGUGAAAGUGUCAGAUAAAGUUAUGAUUCCGCAAGAAGAACACCCUGACAUUAACUUUGUCGGACUGCUCAUUGGACCCCGAGGAAAUACGCUGAAAGCCAUGGAGAAAGACACUGGAGCAAAGAUUAUUAUAAGAGGAAAAGGAUCUGUCAAAGAGGGCAAGGUUGGCCGAAAAGACGGAGGGCCCAUGCCUGGGGAAGAUGAACCACUUCACGCUUACGUGACAGCGAGUAAUCCUGAGAGCGUCAAGAAAGCAGUGGACAAGAUAAAAGAAAUUAUUCGGCAAGGUGUCGAAGUUCCUGAAGGCCAAAAUGAUUUGAGAAGAAUGCAGCUGAGAGAGUUGGCCUUGCUGAAUGGUACCCUUAGAGAAAAUGAUGGGCCACGGUGCAGUAAUUGUGGGUCCAACACUCACAAAUCGUGGCAGUGUCCCGACAAGCCUAAUGUUACAAACAAUGUAGUCUGUACCAGCUGUGGAGGAGCUGGUCAUAUAUCCAAAGAUUGCCGUCAACGACGAGCACCAGGUGCCCCACCUACUGUUGACAGGCAAAAAAUAGAUGAAGAGUACAUGUCAUUGAUGGCAGAAUUAGGAGAAGGCCCUCCACCCCCGCAGAAUGCUGACCGUAAUAGCAGUCGACCCGUUUCAGCACCUACGACUAGAGGUCUAUUUGAAAGGCCACAAGGUCCACCACGACCCCUCAUGUCACUCCAGACACGAGGACCAGAGCCUCAAUCUGCCCCAAAUAAUCAGUUCAAUAGCAGUCCCAACCAGGGAGGAAUGAGUCAGAACUCAUGGAACAGCCCAAUGGGUGGCCAAGGACCCCGUCCUCUUAUGGGUGGCAACAAUGGUCCUCCUAAUUUGAAUCAGCCUCCACCAGGGAUGCCUUGGCAACAGCAGCAGCAGCAGCAGCAGCAGAAGCCACAGCAACCACAGCAGCAAUCUCAACAGCAAGGGGGACCCAACAGCUUUCAGGGAGUGCCGCCACCGAACUUGCUACAGGCCCCUCCCCCUCCACCACCCACUACUCAGAAUGGCCAGCAGCAGCAGCAGCAGCAGCAGCAGCCCAGUUGGAUGACACAAGCACCUCCUGGUCCUCCUGGAGGUCCACAGGGACCACAGGGUCCUCAGGGUCCGCAAGGACCACCAGGAAAUCAUGGUGGGCCCCAUAAUGGACCCCAUGGAGGUCCACAUGGUGGGCCUCAUGGUGGACCUGGUGCACCCCAUGGUGGUCCACAUGGUGGACCCGGGGGUCCUCAUGGAGGUCCUCACGGAGGUCCUGGAGGACCUCAUGGAGGCCCUGGCCCUCAUGGAGGUCCAGGUGGACCUCAUGGGCCAGGAGGUCCUGGGGGUCCACCACACGGUGGCCCACCGCACGGACCACCGCCACAGAUGAACCACUGGCAAGGUCCCCCGCCAGGUCAUCACGGACCUCCUGGGAUGGGAUGCCCGCCACCUGGCCCAGUCCCUCCACCACGCCCUGUGGGACCACCACCUGGCUGGGGUUGGAAUGGCCCUCCACAACCUGUAGGGCCACCACCUGGUGGACCAGGAGGUCCAGGUGGCCCUAGUGGUCCAGGGGGACCUGGACCACGAGGACCAGGGGGUGUCGACUUAGGAGCCCUUUUAUCAGCCCCACCCCCUCCACCACCAUCUUAAUUUCUCCCCCACCAAAUUUAGAAGUACAAAUACGUUGGUGUCCCUCGGGCAUUGCAAAUUAAGCUUAGAGAAAAAUGAAUGAUAAAAUGAAUUGCUGGUAGGGUACAAUUUUGAUUACUGUUAUCUUCUGUAUGGUCACUUUGUGCAGAUCAGUGUUCAUUCCACAGGGAACAGGGUGUUUUUGGAACCUAGAUUUUGGGACUCUCCAAAAAGAGUAGAUGUGAGUGUCUCCAGUUUUGGGAAUUGCUAGUGCAAAUGGUGUGUGAGUGAGUGAUUCUGAUUUUUGUGUACAAAUUCCUUUGUAAAAAGAAGAUGGUAGUCUCAAGAGUAGUUAUUUAUAAAUAUUUACAGCCUAGGCUGUAGAAUUUGUAGGUCAGUUGGCUUUUGUGUACGACAUUGAAUAGCCUGUUAUAGGUAAUUUUAUUUCUUGUAUGAUACUGAAAAGUAAAUAAUGUAAGACUCAAGAUUAUGCGCUGUAAAUUAAAUAGCUGGUUAGGUGA